CAUGCGCCGAACAGCUAAUGUUAGGGGAAAAGAUGGACGAUAGGAGUGUCUGUACUCUGCUGCUUGCGGAGUCAGACGCUCACCAUAACACUACUAGUACCCCUCACGCGGCUUCUGUCCCAGAUGCUGACAAAGUAAUAAACACUAAAAUAGAUAGUACCCAGGUUGAAGGAGACAAGAGUGAAGAGGAGCUGCUUAAGGGUCUCCUCACUGACGACUACUGUCAUGUGUGUGAGGCUGUGCUGCUCUUUGAAUCUCAGCGGCUGUCCCACUACGAGGGAAAGAAACAUGCUCAGAAACUCCGGGUGUACCUGCAGGCGAAGAGAUCAGAGAAGAUGGACGUAGAGUCCACAGGACCUCAGAGGACUAUGAUGACUGAUAGGGACCGUUUCUGUGAGCUGUGUAACAUGGUGUUUAGUUCCCCAGUGGUGGCAAAGUCACAUUAUGAGGGCAAAGUCCAUUUUAAAAAUCUCCGUAAACAGGGUCUCCAGCCACCAGUUGUAGGAUCCACAGAGGUGCAUACUUCACCAAGUCUGAGUCAGGAUCCUGAUACCACCGACCAGAAAUCAGCCCCAGAGGGUGCUAUGGACCCAACAGGCACAACAACUGCCCCCAGCACAGAGGUUGAUCUGAACGACCCUAACAAAUACUGUGCCCUGUGUGCUGCUUCCUUCAACAAUCCCCAAAUGGCUUUGCAGCACUACAAUGGACGCAAACACCAGAGGAAUCAGACCAGACAGGAUCUGCUCAAAGAACUUGGAGAUGAUGCCCAACAAGCCAACUCCCUAAUGUGUCAGAUGUGUAGUUUGCAGUUUAAUUCUGUGGAGAUGUACCAGGCCCACAUGCAGGGAAACAAACACCAGAUUAGGGAGAAGAAGGUCAUCAACCUGUGCAAAACCCAGCAGAAAGCCUACAACACAUUUGCAGAUGAACUGUCAGAUUACAUUCAGAUUCAGAAGGCUCGUGGAAUCGCCCCCAAGAGCGGUCAAGUCCUCCCUCCAGGUGAGACACAAAAGGAGGAUAAGGAAGAUGAUGAUGAAGAGGAGGAAGUAUUAAGCAAGACGGAUAUCAUAGAGCUGAGCAAACCUGUGUCCAAUUUUCCUCCCGCCUCUAACCCUCCUCAUCGCUCCCAUCUUGGCUGUUACAACCCAGUUGAAAUGUGGCGUCCCCCAUAUCAGAUCCCUCCCUGGCCAUCCCAUGGCUUUGAUUACAGCUGCCCUCCUCCGGUCCUCCCAGGCUCAGGCUCACCAGUGUUCACUAAUCAACCCAUAAAGAGACGGAGGGGAAGAAAACAGUCGAGCUCUUCCUCGUAUACCACCACAUCAUCCAACUCCUCUUCGUACUCCUCCUAUAGCAGUAGCACAAGUGACAGUGAUGACACAGAAUACAGGCGCAGAGAAAAAAGGAGGAGGAUUAGAAGAUCAAGGAGGGAGAGAGACAAGAGGACAAGAGACGAGGACUUAAACAAAGAGGAGAAGAGGGGAAAGAAAUGGAGAGGGGAAAGAGAUAAGGAGUCAGAUGAGAGGAGAAGAAGGGAAUCUGGAGAGUCAGAGGAAGAGAGGAGACGAAAAAAGCAGAAAAAUCAUGGCAAGAAAAGAAGACAAGAUAGGAAAUCCAAAGAGCAGGACUUGGAGGCAGUAGGAGGGGAAACUGUGAUGGACAAUGUAAUGCCAGAAGAUAUGAUGGGCAUUAGAAAAGAGACUGAAGUGAAUGUUGAGCAGAGGGAUGGUGGGCAGGACGGGUCAGCUAAACCCAAGUACAGAAAGGAGAAGAAAAAAAUGAAAGAGAGAGCAGACACCAGGACAGAAGAGGAGAAGCUGUGGGACGACUCCAUUCUGGGCUGCUAGACUUGAAAAGGUCCUUUCUGUCUCUGUCUUUUGAACUGCAGGCGUUUAGAGAACUCAUGACAUCAUGAGCAUGACAUGGAAAAGCUCAAAAAACUGUUUACCUAAAGGUGAUCUUUAUAGCUGUUUCUACUGUCUGCUCUGAUAGCCCUAAAGUGUUGUUCUCCACAGUUGUGCUAGCUGGCUAGCCAUGUGUAGUCAGUUUGUGUCUGUAAGGAAUGGAUGGAAUCCUUUUAUUUCAGUGUGUUUGGAGGGGUUUCUAACAUGCAUCCACAGUUAUAUUAGAUUUAUUUUUCACUAUGACACUUAAUAUUUCUUUGGUUUCAUUAAUUUGCACACUGUUAUUAUUGUUGGCUGUAAAAUUUAUGUUUUGAAAUUAUCAGGAAGUCAUCUCGACCUCUUAACACAUUAAUAAGUUAAAUUAUGUUUGAUUAUGUGUCUGUGCUUCUAGCAAGGAUUUGAUAGGUUGUGAUCCCUAUAGCAGCCUGAGGUUGGCGCUAUUUAGCUUCACUCAGAGCAUCUAAAUAAAAGCACAUAGAUGGUA